CCAGUUUAACUGAGGUUUUUCUGCUGUUUCUCUUUUCCUUAGAAAAACAAUUUGAUCAAAAUCGUUUUUUAAAUGGCAAAUUUGGCAAAAAUUGGCCUUUUCCGAGGCCUAGGCAGAUGUAACACUUUGUCCAGGACGUCACCAGUCUCUUGCCAGUACUGCACGAAAUCCUCCGACGUUGAAACUCACACAGGGCAGAAAUUCGACGCUGACGAUUACAGGAUGGCACGAUUUGUCGACAAGAGUAAAUUAGUCAAUAAGAACUUUGCGAUUGAUCUAAUCGCCAAGGUCCCGCCGACUAAGACGAAGGAUAGGGUCGUCUGGUGCGACGGAGGCAGCGGGCCUGAAGGCCAUCCCAAAGUCUACAUCAAUCUGGACAAGCCUGGGAACCACACUUGCGGCUACUGCGGCCUAAGGUUCACGAAAGAAGGACACCACUGAUUGCGGUUUGAUUUUCAUAGUUGAAUUCUUCUCUUGACAAAAUUGUAAAUUUCUGUUGUUAAAUUAUUAGAGUUAAAACAUUAAAAGAUCAUUAAUAAAAUUUA